GGCUGAAAAUUGCUUUCUGCUAAGGUGAAAACAUUGCCUACGUAAAUAUCAAAUCUUUUGUAACUAUCUUGGGUCGAAGGUACUGCAGGUUUUUAAACGAUUUUUGAAAAUGGAUCAAGUUAGGAACUUUUUGGAACCUGGUCGUCAGUUCUCUAAGGACUCGCUUCGAUUGGUGAAGAGGUGCACCAAACCAGACAGAAAAGAAUUUCAGAAAAUUGCUAUUGCCACCGCAAUAGGAUUCUGUCUAAUGGGUUUCAUUGGAUUUUUCGUCAAAUUAAUCCACAUUCCCAUCAACAAUAUCAUCGUAGGUUCAUAAAAUAUAUCUUUGGUUGAAUUAUAAGAUAUCUUUAUUGUACUCAUAGACUAUUUAUUUACACUUUUUUCUAUAUCUAACCGAAUGUAUCAUUCGAUUGGUUGAGUUCAUUGGAAUAUAAGUUUUUAUGACAACUA